CUGUCACAGGGCAUACCUGUCAACAAGUCGUAAAUAAAACAACUUUAACUUUAUUUAUUUAUAAAUUCUAGUAGAAGUUUUAUUAGGAAGUGGUUAAAACAUGGCGAGAUUCUCUUUAAAAGAUUCAGAUGAAUAUUAUCUGUCACUCUCUGAGCAGCCGAAAAGAUUUGACGCUGAUAGUCCUGUUACAAAUGUUUUCUUUGACGACACAAAUGGGCAGGUUUUUACUGUAAGAUCAGGGGGUGUGACAGGAGUCACUGUAAAUGGAAUGGAUGAUAAAAAGUGCACUUCCUUUAGGAUGGAAGACAAAGGUCCAAUUAUAUCAAUAAAAUUCUCACCUGACCACAAAAUACUUGCAAUACAAAGAAAUCUUGAAGGUCAAAAUGCCACAGUUGAAUUUGCUAACUUCAAAGACCUAGUCCCAACGAAUGUUGAGUACUCACACACUUGCAAAUGGAAGAAUGCAAAGAUAUUAGGGUUUGUUUGGCCAAGGGUUAAUGAAAUUGCUUUCAUAACUGACCAUGGUAUAGAACUUUUGCAAGUAUUACCAGAUAAGAAACAAUUGAAGACUAUAAAGAGCACUGGUUUUAGUGGUGCGUGGUUCUCAUGGUGUGCUCAAAGCAAUAUUAUAUUGUUGGCUGGCAACAACGGUGCACUACUGCAACCAUUCUCGUUGAACAACUCCACAAUCACCAAGCUCCAGAAGCUAGAAGUGGAGUGGUCGCGGCCCGUCAUGGAGCGCGACGUGUUUGUGCUGCGGCUGUGCGGGGCCGCGUGGUGCGCCGUGUUCCGCCACGCCGCCGCCGCGCCCACGGUCUCCGGACCCACCGAGGUGUGGCUGAUGCCAAUAUCGGGCGGGGGCGGCGCCCAGCACGUACUGAAGACUGGGCUGAUGGGUCGCUUUGCCGUCAGCGUCAUCGACCACCUGCUCGUGAUACAUCAUCAGUCCAGUCAAACCUCUCAAAUUUUCGACAUAAUGGAAGAGUCGAAGCCAGAGAACAACGUGGUCAUCCACAUACCAAUAGUGCAAGGGGUGUCCAUGAAGCCAGCGAUGGUUGACGACCAACUGUGUCCUAUGUACUCCGGCAACUGGGUGGUGUUCCAGCCGGACUAUAUCAUCGACGCGCGGCUGGGCUGCCUGUGGCAGGUGCGACUGUUGCCCGCGGGGCUCGCGCACCAGGUGUUGAAAGACGAAGUACCAAAAAUUGUAGCAGUACUAUUGAGACGCAAGAACGGUAAGGACACCAUCUACAGGAUACUGAACCAGUUGGUGACGGACGCUGGGGACUACCUGGUGGAGCUUGCGAAGUCUUUUGACGAAAUCAACUCCGUUUACAGGAAGUGGGCGGAGCUGGAGGUGGCGCGCAACACGGCCGGCCAGAGCGUCGACUCGUCCAAGCUGAGCGCGCACUUCCCCGUGCUCAUCGCGCAGGCCGACGUGUGCACGCGCGUCCUGCAGGCGCACGCGGACGAUCAACACCUUGUGCAGGUGGUGACCGCCUACCUUGCAUCUCUGUCCCGGCAUGACAUGGUGGUACAACACCCAGUGGCCGAACUGUGCGUACGAACGCUUGUGACCCGCAACGCUUGCGGCAGAUUGCGCUCCCUAGUCCGUAGGGGGUGUCUCGGGGACGCCAAACCCCUGGCGUGCCAGCUGCUAAGCCUGGGUCAUAUAGACCCCGCCGCGGCACAAAUAGCCCUGGAUAUGAUGUGGCGAUUAAAAGCUUAUGGGGACGUGGUGGAGGUGCUGCUGAGCUGGGACGAGCCGCUGGGCGCGGCGGGCGCGGCGCGGCAGGCGGGCGCCGCGUGGCUGGCCAUGGCGCCGCGCAAGUUGCUGGCGGCCGCCAUGACGCACGCGCAGACCCGCGGCCGCCCCGCCGCCUUCCUGGCCGUGUACCACGCGCUGCUGGCGCGCAACGAACGCACCCGCGGCUCGCCGCACUUCCUCAAGACUGAACAAUGCGACAUUUACAUAGACUACUACAAGCAGCUGACUUCUGAAUCAUAAUGUGAAGGUCCAGGGGUCAAUAUGACGUAAGAUGACUAGGUAUUCACGUUUUGACACUUGUUAUGUAAAAAUUAACUAUAGAUAUAUAGAUAAAUUUAAUUCAAUCUGAAGAUAAAAUGUAGAUAAUGUAAUUAUUGUUGUAUAUUUACUAUGUACUAAAAUGAAUCUGUGAAAUUUGGUUUAUAUAAAAAUCACCUAAAUCGCCCAUAAGUUUUAGGCCUAAUCUUACUGACUUAGAUCAACAUUAAUUUUUUAUAACUCCAAAAGUUAGAAGUAACUAGCCACGGCUGCAACCUCCUACCAGUCCAGACCAGGGAACGACCAGGAAUCAAACCGGGACCUCCCACUUAUAACCACGGCGCUCUCUGCUGCGCUAGGGAGGGAUGCGCCAGAGAGGUCGUCUAAAGAUAGUACCUGAAAACCACCUUAAGAUUUGCAACAGCGUCACAAGGGUGACGGGGGAGCGCGAAAGCUCGCCAUUUGGACAGCCCCAGGGCUCGACUACAUCGAGGGAAAGGAGGGACGUCGACCCGAGUAUGCCUCCUGCGGAGACUCUGACCCCAGCUUGGGUUGACGUUUCGGACUUGGGAUGGUUUAGUCAGACAACGGUAUAGUCGGAACGCUUGUGACCGUGGUAACGACCCAUAUUCUCAGGUGUCUUCAGAAAUCGGGACCCUCGUCUUCACCGGCGAAGAGACACUGUGUAGGCUUCGCGUUGCGGUGCGUUACUUAAUCGGGACACAUUGUCGGUAGUUAUUGUUUGUGCUUAUGUGUAAAAGAUAGAUACUACUUUAAUAGUAAUUUUUUUAUCAUGACAACCAUAUGUAGAUAAACUUUGGCCCACAUGGCAUGUUAUAAACACAGUUUAGGAGAUAGUGUAAAGUAUUAUAGCAUUGCAUGAGGGGAGUUUACUU